CAAUCGGCGUGUGUCCCUCUAUGUGUCCUUUUCCAAUUCAGCAUUUUGGCUGAUGCAAUCACAAAUGUAUUUUUAUCAAUAUUUAAUACAAAUGUGUGUAUAAAUUACAGUGUUCUCGUUACUUAUUGUCUUUAUUUAUAAACUACUGUAGUCUUUUGGUAAAAAUAAAAAUGACAGAAGAAGAAGCAAUGUUCGACUUGUCCCUCAAGAAGAAGAAAAAGAAGAAGACAGCGUUCGAUAUUGAUGCAGUGCUGGGAGAUGACAGCAGCACCCCUAUGGAAACCAGUGAACCUGUUGAAGAAAUCCCCGAUAUUGAUUUGGAUGGGAAAAAAAAGAAAAAGAAAAAGAAGCCUUUUAAUUUAGAUGAGUUGGACAAUGCCUUACCAGAAAGUAAAGAAGGUGCUAAUGAUGCUGCCGAAUCAGGUGCAGCUCCCGAAGAGGCCCCUGUCGAUGAUGAUUUCGAUCUGGACAUGGACUUUUCAAAAACGAAAAAGAAAAGGAAGAAGAAGAAGGAUUUAGAUGUUCUGGUUUCAGAAGAGGAUCAGAAAUCUGAGGACAAAGAGAAUGUUGAAAUGAGCAGUACCUCGUGGCAUGGUUCUGAUCGUGAUUACACAUAUGACGAGUUGCUAAAUAGAGUUUUUGAAAUUAUGCAUGACAAGAAUCCUGAUAUGGUAGCAGGCAAAAAGCAGAAGUUUGUAAUGAGACCUCCACAAGUUGUGAAAAUUGGAACAAAGAAGACUUCAUUUGCUAAUUUCACUGAUAUUUGCAGAACCCUGCAUAGGCAACCUAAACAUUUAUUAGAUUUCUUGUUAGCUGAAUUGGGUACCAGUGGUUCCGUAGACGGCAACAGUCAAUUAAUUAUUAAAGGCCGUUUCCAGCAAAAACAAAUUGAAAAUGUUUUGUUUGCGGAGCACGUGUUCAGGACAUUCGACGCAAAUGGCGACGGAACAAUCGACUUCCGGGAAUUCCUUUGCGCCCUCUCUGUCACCUCCAGGGGUAAACUGGAGCAGAAGCUGAAGUGGGCCUUCUCCAUGUACGACCUGGACGGAAAUGGAUACAUCAGCAGGCAGGAGAUGCUGGAAAUUGUCACGGCCAUUUACAAAAUGGUGGGCAGCGUGAUGAAGAUGCCAGAAGACGAGAGCACCCCUGAAAAGCGGACAGAUAAAAUAUUCAGACAGAUGGAUCGAAACAAAGAUGGUAAACUGAGUCUUGAAGAGUUCAUCGAGGGAGCCAAGAGUGAUCCUUCCAUUGUGAGGCUUUUGCAAUGUGAUCCACAGUCUCAGUAAAAAGAUAAAUUAUAAGAUAUAAAAUAUGAUAAAA